UGAUGUAGACUUGGGUUUGGUGGUGGAGCGUGCUUUAAGAUUGUCACAUGCCUUCCAAUGAAACAGGUUGGUGUUGUUGUGUAUUUGCCCCCAGGCAGUAGGAGUGGUCGUCCUCUUAUGGGACAGCCAGUGUCAGGUUACCAAUGUUAACACGCAUCCAGGUAGUGAACAAACAAACAGGUGGAGACUGGCUCAGCAGCACGACCUCGGCAGAUAAGGAGAGACGUUCAAGUUUAACCCAGCCACAGGAAACUGACUUAACGAGAUGAGAGGACGGUACAAACGAAAGCAAUCGAAAGAAGGAAGCGAGGAAGCAGACAUCGGCGCUGGGCUCUCUCCUCUGCCUGGGAGAACCGCGGCGGGUUCGGCUGAGCCAGACACACCUGUUCCCGGCGACACCGUCCACGACCUGGGCGGCAGUAAGGGGGAAGGUGUAAAAUGUUCCAUUUAUGGCGGUGAAAAGGUCUACCUUGGAGUCCGUGUCAAAAUGCCAGUAAAGGACCUCCUGAAAAAUGUCCGUCUAGCUCAAGGUUGGGAGCCUCAAGAACUGAAGGAGAAAUGCAGAAAAGUCGUCAAAGGAGAAAUGAAACGUGUGAAAACACGCUCAAGACGUCAAACUAUCAAGGUACAACACCCAACAAAAAGCCUGGAGGAGCUAGCAAUUAUUGUUGAGGUGCUGGAGGAGGAUCUCAGGACUGGCAGCACAUACCACUCCCCUCCCCAAAGUGCAUCAUUCUUCGACCCUCCAAUGUCUCCUGAGCUUUCUCCAUAUGGUGCAGGAUGCAAUAGUGACAAGUACGAUGAAAUGAUCCCCACGCCCCAGUUCUACAUGGCCUACUCGCCCGAGUACCAACAGACCCCGUCCCCUCCCGAUCUCAUGUACACCGGCCUCGAGCCCUCCAGCGCUGGAAGCAUGACAGCAAGUGAUGAAGUGUGGGAGGAGUGCAACCACAAAUGGAACAUCAGUAGCUCCGCUUUCUUCUGGACGCAGCUGCAGAAAGAGGAGAGCCAGCUGAGGGACAUCUCUGACGCAGUGCUGCUGUCCGCCGAUGAACAGGGCAGGACGGCUCUUCAUAAAGUGGCUGCCGUCGGAAAGAGAGCGCUGGGCUACGCUAUAGCUAAAAGGAUGGCUGCGCUGAACAUCCUGGACAGCAGAGACUCUGACGGAAUGACUGCCCUCCUCUAUGCGGCAAAGCACAACCACCACCUGAUGGUGGCAGAUCUGAUCAAUCUGGGGGCAGACGUCAAUGUGAAGAACAACUGCGGAAAGUCCUGCCUCCACCUCAGCGCUGAGAAUGGCUACGUCAGAGUCCUGGAGGUGCUAAAACAAGCGAUGAUGGAUGACCUGUAUGUUGACGUCGAAGCCACUGACAACUUUGGAAUGAGCGUCCUCCAGUGUGCUUCGCUGGCUUUGAAGACCACCGUGUGUGAGCUGGAAAACAGCAAAUCCCACACUCACACCAGACUGCACAUGCUCCGCCAAGAGCAGAUGAUGGAGACCCUGGAGUGUCUGCUGCAGAUGGGCAGCCACCUCCACACCAUGGGGAGCCGGAGUGUGCAGUCGAGAAUCGGCUGAGCACCUGGCAUGUCCGCCUGGCAAGGCAUUUUGGAGACCCGACAGUAAUGUUUUGAGUUGGUUGAGGCUUGAAAUUGUCUCGGAGAGACCAUGAUUAAUGGGGUUCUUUCCACUGAUGAUUUCAGGCCUGUUAUGUAAAGCAUCUGACACACUGCGUGCAGGGAAAAUACCUGACUUGCAAUCAGGUAUUUAUUGUAACUCACGCAAAAAUGUUAGGUGCCCAUCAGCUGGUUUCUGUGAAACUUCCAUUGUUUGUUACAUUUUAGUAACAACUAGUCCUCGGUUAGUGUGUUCCUGGAGGUACCAACGUGAAAUCUAUGGCAGCGUUUUAGAAAUGUGACUAGCCUUUUUAUGACGUGAUCAUUCAAACUGUCAGCAUAGUUUAAAAGCUGGACUUGGUUUCAGCAUGGUUGGGAAAAUACUAGUCAUCAUUUCAAGUGUUUUAUAUUAGAAAGAAAUUAAUUACAGAUUCCAGAGAUUGUUGUUCAUUGUUGUUUGUACAGCGCAAACAUGUAAUUCCAGUAACAGGGCUAUUCAGCUGUUAGCUAUUUUAUUUCCCACUGGAUUCUGAUUCGAUUGUAAAAGUGAUUUAGAGCCAUAGAAUUUACACGUUGGAUCUUAAUAGGACUUUUUUUACUAAAGGACGUUAACUUUUAGAAGGCACUGUACGGUGAUGGGGAGUAAAUACAGUUUUAAUUUGACUGACCUCACAUGGCUGUUACACAGUCUUCAGCCUGUUAUGUGCAGGGAGGUUUUAAGUUGGUGUACUGGAAUAUAACAAGGUGUGUUAUUGGUCAGUUUUCAUACAUCAUAGUGCUGUAUUUUUACGUGAUGCUCCUGUUAAUUUGUUUUUUUUUUUUGUUUGUUUGUUUUUACUGCAACUUCAGUCCCAACUGUUGUAGUUGGAUUAAGAUUCAGAAUGUGCAAAGUUUGGCUCAGUGUCUGAAGGCAAAUGAAAUUCAAACUCAAAAAAAAAAAAAAAAAAACAAACAAAAAAAACAAUAAAUUGAGUUCAGCCGCAUAUGAUGAGUACUCCAACAACUACAGAUUUGCAUCGUAUGUUUUAAAUACAUGUGGGGAAAUGAUAACAGCAGGGGUGAUGAGCUAGCUCAGUCCCUGACGUUAUUGACCAACAAACUCUACAUGUUUUCAUUGGCUGGCAAGCUGGUUAACAAUUAACAUUAUAAGUAACUUUGCUGAUGUUAUAAGGAAUAUUUUUCCUCUUUCCUAUAUAUUCAGGUAUUACUCUUAGCAAGGCUAAAUAUUUUUUUAAACAUAUCUUUCACACUUUUUUAUCAAAUAAUUAAGGGAAUGCAUUUGUAUAUCUUUGCAUGACAUUAUAGCAUUUAUUACGUAUUUUGGGAAUCGUUUAAACCAUAUGAAAACCAUAUAUGUUUAUACAGUAGACGUGCAAAAAACGUGGAUCACUUUUAUGUUAUCUAAUUCCAAACUUAUGGUUUUGUUAUGUGGUGGCGGCCAGCAGUGAAAAUAUAAUACGCAAAUGGAGUAGAAGGUGGAGAUGUGUUAUGGCAGAAAAACAAUGGCUAGAUUUUAAUCUAGUCAGUCAAUAUAAUGUAAUGCUCUCUGGGAUAUGGAAUAUAGGUUUGGAUUCAUACAACAUGAUGCUAAUGAAUAAAUGUAAUAUGCAUGGUAACAUGUUAAAGUAUUUAGUGAAAUAUACAGAUUUUUAUUUUUAUUUUUAUUUUUUUUUCACUUUUGUUUUUUCCAUUCAGCAUAGCACUUUUGGAUCUGGGAUAAUCAUUUUGUUUAUGCUUAUUGAUUAAAAUGUUCACUCAUUGAGUAGUAUGAGUAGAGUACUAACAGCGAUUUUGUGCAUUUACUUUUACUAAAAAAAAAUCCUAGCCAGUAGCUUACUUAUCCAAUUUUAUAUUUGAAAAUGUACACCUAUGGCUGGGGUUUCAUUUAUAUUUGUGAUAUAUAUGUGAUGUAUUUUUGUCCCAAUAAAUGUUUUGAGGACUCAUUUAUUGACGCUCCAGACUGAA